AUGUCGUUUCGCGGGGCACCCAGAGGCCGUGGCACAGGCGCCAACCGUGGAGGGUUCGGGGCUCGCGGUGGCCGUGGAGGAAUGCAGCAGUCAUUUGGACCGCCGGCUACCGUACUCGAGAUGGGCACCUUCAUGCACUCGUGCGAAGGAGAGAUGGUCUGCGAAUCGAUCAACCCUAAGAUCCCAUACUUCAACGCACCGAUAUAUCUGGAGAACAAGACACCGGUUGGAAAAGUCGAUGAAGUUCUAGGGCCAAUCAACCAAGUAUACUUCACCAUCAAGCCCCAGGAGGGUAUUGUCCCGACGUCUUUCAAGACCGGUGACAAGUUCUACAUUGGAGGAGACAAGCUAUUACCAUUGGAGAAAUUUCUCCCCAAGCCCAAACCACCACCAGGUGCACCAAAGCCAAAGAAGAUCGGAGGCGCAGGGCGUGGAGGUCCUGCGCGCGGUGGUAGAGGGGGCUUUUCCCGCGGCGGACGAGGUGGUGGUGCUCCUCGAGGCCGUGGUGGAUUCUCUAGAGGAGGCGCGCGAGGCGGACGGGGUGGUAGCGGUGGAUUCUCUCGCGGAGGUGCCAGAGGAGGUUCGCGAGGUGGAUUCCGCGGACGAGGCUAG